AAAAACGUGUCCCUUCUGGUUAUUCUGCGAUAGAGGUUUGGUGAGGUUAGAACGCACGCGCGUAGUACGGCUGUCGGCCUGUUGAUCGCGACGUCGGCGGCGCACGAUAACACUGGUCUACACUCCACAUAGCUAUUAUUCCGACGACAAUCGACAGUGUCAUACCUACGAGUCGAUCCGUGUAUCCGAUCAGCCUGCCCGCGUUUCGGUCCGUUCUAUUAUCCUCAAACCACAUGCUUGCCGCGUAUCAGUCCCUCUCCACCGAAACAACGCGCACAGUGUCAUUCGCCACCGCCGCCUUUCGCUCUCGUUCGGUAUCGAUUUUUCGUCCGAUACUCAGCCGCGUCUAUGAACCGCACAACCCACAAGCACGCGCUCUCGCUCGUUUUCACUAGUCAUCGCUUUACCUACCGUCACCGUCACCUUCAACAAAGUUUCACAUGGAGUCGAACUACAUCGACGGUUUGUCGCAGUUCAACGAGGAUUUACCUAGGCUUCAAUUCGUCAGGUCUCCGCCUCCUAGCCGACGCGUCACGCUGGUCCACGACGUGAUCGAGGUGGUGACCACCCAAGACCAUUUAGUUGAAAUGUAUAGUCGCCGAGAUAUCCAUCGCAGAAAUCACUGGACCGCCAACGAUAUCGAACUAAUCGACCUUACCGAUGACGACGAGGAUGACGAUUUCAAUAAGAGGAACGAAUUUCAGUUAAAAAUUUUGUCGUAUAAGUUAAACAAUGUGCACAAGCAAAUGAACAAUUGCAUUAACAUUUUGUUAGACAAUAACAAACAUGUGGAGGAACUCGAAUUUGCGAUUGAUGUUAUUGCAGAAUUUAUUAUUAAUAUUGAUUAUGCAAAUGAUUUUGUAAAGCUUGGCGGUCUCUAUAUUUUUUUACCUUGCUUUCGUUCUGAGCAUCCGUCUGUGCGCAUCAAAACGUGCGAAUUUCUUUGUAGACUGGUUCUGAAUAAUCAAUACUGUCAGAACAAAUUCAUGGAAAAUACAAAUUGUUUUAAACUUCAAGUAUUGAUGUAUAUGGUGGAAAAUGAUAAUGACGAUGAAGUGCGUGUCAAGGCACUAAUUGCGAUUUACAGUCUUUUUCGUAGAAACUUACCUGUGUUUUGGCAAUUCAUUGCACAUGGAGGUAAAGAUUUAAUUAUCAAUUCAUUGAAAAUACCCAUUGAUGAAUUGACGUUUAAAGCGGUAUUCAUCAUAUCCUUUACUUGUGAUAUGAGUAAUGAUGUAGUGGAACUGUAUAUUGAUAAUGGAGUUGUUGAAAUUAUUAGUUCAAUAAUCAUGAACAUGGAAAAUAAUAUUUCAUCAUUUCAUCAUGAGUUGUUUUUAUCAACAUUGAACCAAUUCAUCCGUUUGUCACCAGUCAGAGUCAAAGAAAUAUGCUCUUCGGUAGAGGAUUUUGGCCGAGCAGUGACAUCAUUACGAGUUUCAUAUUUAAAUAAUCUACACUCUGAGGUAGAAAUGGGCGAUGUUUUGUGGUUGAUAAGAGAACUAAAUUUGUGAAAAGAUAAAGCGGCACAUUUCAUUUUACUUUUUUUUAUCAUGAUAUACAAUUUAUUCAUAUCUGUAAUUGUUUUUAAAAGAAAUUAAACUUAUGGUUUAUAAUACUAUUAA